AGGAGGAGGGGGAUAACCACUGAUCCACAGCCUGGGAGAAGACCCACUACCUGUGGGGAAUAUACAGAGAGGAGAGUCCUCAGCCUACCUACUACUAGAGCGCACCAACUAACCAACCAACACGUGGGUAAGGACAUAGGACCCUAUGUUUCUCCUCUCCCUUAUUCGACAGUCCUCCCCCUUCUUGAGUGUGUGUGUGUGUGUCUUUGUGUUUUGCCUCCUUUAAUUUUCAGGGCUGUGGAGUGGGGACCUCCUGCCCGCUGACAAAGCUGUUGUCAUGGAGACGUGUCUGGGACUGUUGCAGCACAGUAAUCUCCACACAGCAGAGGCCAUUGGAGGGAGGGAGAGGGGGCGCCCAGACGAAAAAGAGGCAAAAAGGGGGAGUAAAGAAAGAGUAGAUGGGGGGGUGGGGGGGUUGUGUGAGACAAGGAGUGGCCCAGAGAUCUUAUUCAGAUUCACAGGAUGACAGGGCAGAUGUAAUUGUGUCUGACCAGCGUACACCCACACAUAAACAACACACAGGAGUACUACAGGCUGCUUUGCAGGUUAGGGUGUUCUUUGUGGACUUGGUGUUACUAAUGGUGACCUUCUGUGUUUGUUGUACAUAUUGUUAAUAGUAUUCUAGUCGGCUUGUUUUGUUCUUGAAACAGUAGACUAAGUGCCUGUGAAGGACAUACCGUAAGUGCAAGACCUGAGGUUUGUGUCCAGCUCGGAGUUGGACUAACUAGGUAGAUAGGAAUGUGACCGGGCAUGUGGACGGGGGGUGGAUCCACGGAUGUAGGGAUAAAGGUUAUCUAUUCUCCUAGCGUCCGGGGUCAUGUGACCAGCACUGGGCUUGUGACUCCUGAUUUGGCUGGUGUUGGUUGUCUUCCUGCAGGGUUCUACACUAACUUUUUCCACUGGUGGCACUGGUGCUACCAACUUUUUCAGCACAUGAUUUGGUGGCACCAAUUAAAAAUGAAUAAAUAAUGAUAAUUGAUAAUGGCCUGGCCUGUGUCCCAUAAUGUGCCUGCAUUCCAUACAGAACCAGGCUAAUAAUGAAUAUCUAUCUUUUAAAUUAGCCUGCCCUUGUGUUCUUACUUACAUUGAUUUGGAUAGAUUUACUGUAACAGCUAAGAAAAGAGACUGUUAAAAUAAAGUGCAAAAUGUUUUUAUUGUAGAUUUCAAAGUGCUGUUUUCUGCUAAAUCAUCUAGAGGGCAGAAAUUUAUUUUGAACGAUACUUGCUCUGAAUCACACUUAUUUAAUAGAAAAACAACAACAUUGGUGGUCCACAACAACGACCACGUUUACAUGCGCACAGUAUUCCGGAUAGUAGCUCAUAGCCUGCUUAAGGUCUUAUUCGAGAUAAGCUAUUUACAUGCACCUUUGAUAUUCCGCUCACUGGUGUCCCUGUACACAUGAAUAAUCAGAAUAUUCCUAAUUUCAGUUCAAAUGUGUUAAAUGGAAUAGUAACUGAAUUCUGGACUCUGACUGUAGGCCUAUAACCUCUCACAUGUAGCCUAAUAUAAUAUUAACUCCUGCAGAAUAAUGCGUUUCUUGUAGUAAAAUGAUACAACAAAUGUUAAUUUUGUCACAGGAACAGGAGUGGAGAAAUAUGAUUUAUUUCUUUCAGCAUCUCUUGAGAAAAUGCGAAUGUGCAUGAGUGCACUUGUUGUGUCAAGGCUUAAAAGUGCUCUGUGUGUGAGACGGCUAAGGUGUUUGUUUAGUUUAAAACAGUCUGUGUAAUAUAAGGUGAUAACAGGGUGAUAAUGGCGUCCUUGGCCUGUGCUGUCUCACCCAGCUGGCAAACAGACUGACAGACGGCAGAGGGAGGGACCUGUAGAGAGAGAAGAGGAAAGUGUAGUAGCUAGGUGUCUGUCUGUGCUGGUCGGCCUAUUUGUGUAAAUAGCCUAGUUUCUGUCUUCCGCUUAAAGUGUAUGUUAGGUUGUUUACAUUGGGUUGUGGGUAGAGGUUUUUGACAUUGGGUUUGGGGGCUGGAGUGGUGUGUGUGUGAGAGUGAUUGUCUAAAAAGCUCAUUCUUUUUGGUGGAAUUGUGAGUGACUAUGAAUCCUCUGUUGUUGUAUUGAAAUGUUAGGUAGUGUAGGGCAUGCUAAUGUGCAUAUUAUGUUGUGUUUUGUACCAUUCUAACCUUUCCUACCUUCCUGUUCUCUAUGUGUCCCCCUCUCCUGGAAUCCCAGCAUCUGCUGAGUCAUCAGUAGUGAGUCAGGGUGUCAUGGCCGCCGGGCACAGGACACGCAGAGAUCACCCCUCAUAGUGCUUCCCCCCAGCCAGCCACCUGCAGACACACACACACACACACACUGGAGGAGGCGCAGGGGUGGUAAUGAUGACCACUUCACAUAUGAACGGUCACGUGACUGAGUCAGACGGCGGAGGUGGGGGAGGAAGUGGAGGAGUCGAGUCGAACCAGGAGGAGCCCCAGCAGUGGCACAGGGAGAUGGCGGUGGACUGCCCAGGGGACCUGGGUGCCCGUACCCUGCCCGUGCGGCGCUCUGCCCAGCUGGAGAGGAUCCGUCAGCACCAAGAGGACCUGAGGAGGAGGAGGGAGGAAGAGGGCAGGAACAGACAGGAGCUAGAUCUUAACGCUUCCAUACGGCUCAAGAAGCUGUCUCAGAACCCCAAGGUGGGCAUCGAUAACCCCACCUUUGACCCCAUCGAAGGCCCUGUAGGGCCCCUGGGACUGCCGCCCAACCUUGGGGCCCCCACUCUACUGGGUGAGUAGGACUGAGUAUGAGAAUACUCUUACAAUUUAAUAGUGUUCUAUUAAGUUGUGAUUCUGAACAGAAUAGUUAUUUGGCGUUAGCCUUGAGCACUAGCAAGGAUAAAGUGCUAACAAGCAAGUGGUCGUCUCUUGCAGAAUUUGAAAUCGACCCCUAUCCCCCAACCAUACUAUGUAAGUCUGGCAAAAUUUCUGCUGAGAAAACAAGGUGAAGAAAGUGCCAUUUUGCUUAAACCAAUCCUUUCAGAUUUAUAGGAGUGGAUGUGGGGGGUAGGGUCGUUUUUGGAAUUCUGGAUAGGCCUCUAGCUGUCUGUGGCUUUCCCUCAGUCUCUUAACCCAAGUUCACUGUUUCUGUUCUAGGUAGGCUUAUGAAUGAGACAGAACAAACACACCCACACACACAGCAGUCUAUAGGCCUGUAGUCAGUGCAUUCUUCUUCUAAAGCUCUCUGAGGGAGUCCUGCUUUACUCCCACUUAAUUCUCUGAUGAUCGGGAGGCUGGGGUCUGGGAAAGACUGAGACUGAGGGAGGAGGAGGGAGGGAAGAGGUGUGUGUGGUAGCAGCAUUCCUCAGGGGGGAUAUGGGAGGGGGGGGGGGGACCCUGUGAGAGGUGGUUAAUUAAAAAGUAUGUUACAAAACAUUCUGACCCAGGCUACAAUGGCUGCUGUCUCUCCCAGGGUGGGUGGCCCUCCUCUCCUCCAUUUUCUGCCCUUAUUUUUCUUUUUCUUCCCCAUCUCCUGUCCUUUGACUGCUCUACCACUCCUCCUGCCAAGUUAAUAAUGCAUUGAAAUUAUACAUAUCAUAUAGCCUAGCCUAAGAAAACAAUAUGUAGGACAGAAGGUACCCAGUGAAGUCAAUGGAGCGUGAAAGUAGAUCCUCAAUCAGAUGAGAUGACAAGCCUCCCACUUAGAUCCUCCCUUUUAGACACACACAGACCAUCUCCUUAUUUUGGUCUUAGUUAGACUGGACAGAUAUGUCUAAGAGAGGGGUCUGGAUUUGAGAGAGCUGGUAAGGUUUAAGAUAUUAGUAUUUUGGAGUUGUAUUCCAGAUGUAAAUAUCCUGUCUUGACUAUAGUCCCUGUAUGAGUUCACUGUAAUUCUUUCCUGAUUCUGAGCAUUUGUCUUGUCUGGCUUUUGUGUACUGUAUUUGUAUGGUUGAUCUGUCUGUGCAGUAUAUGUAUGCCUGACUCUCCCCCUUCCCCCCCUGUCCCUGCCUACAGAGUUGGAGGAGCUGCUGAUGUCCCUGAAGCAGGUGCAGCACUGCCUGUCUGACGCCCAGAGCCAGGAGGACGUGGAGCUGGUGCUGCAGCUGGUCCAGAAGACUGACUUCCAGAAGGCCUUCAACAUCCACAACUCUGUGGCCCAGCACAUGAACAGGCCCAGCCCGCCCUUCCCACAAACAGACCGCGCUCAGGGCCUGGCACAAGAGGUGAGUCCUGAUCUGGAGUCCGUUUGGGGUGUUAAGGUUAGGGUAAGCUGAUCCUAGAUCUGUGCUUACGGAUCUGGCCCAGCAGCACAUGAACCGACCCAGACCGCCCUUCCCCACACACACUGCCAUCAGGGCCUGGUCCAGGAGGUGAGACCCAGAUGCUGAUAUCAAGUCAGUUUGCGGUAUUACUAUGUAACAGUUGAGUGUAGGACUUGCGACGGGUAAACUGCUCCUAGAUCUGUGCCUACGGAUGUGGCCCCGAACAUUAACUGGCUCAGGAAGAAAGAGGAAGACUCCGUUAGACACUGAUCCAGUGUGUUUUCUUCAACAUGGUUAAGGGUAGGAUUUGUGGAGGAGUAAGCUGAUCCAAGGAUCUGUUGCCUAUGGGCAACGUCUACCCGGAGCAUACCGAGUAGGGCUAGGGAAGAGGAUGGAGCUAGGGCUGAUGGUCGAAUAAUACAGAACAAUGCUCCUGUAUACCGAAUUCCAAAUCAACCCUUCACUCCACUGGUCUUAGGCCCACUUCAGACUGCGUGGGAACUAGAAUAGAAGGAAAUGGGAGGGGGACAGAAACACACAAACUUGAUCUGAGGCCAAGCGAACAGGCCAAAAAGUGAGGCCUGAGGAGGGUCUGUGUGACGCAAUGACAGGAACACAUGCACUAAGGCACGCACAUAAAUAUUCACACACACACAUAUAUAUAUAUAUAUAUAUAUGCUGAUAUAGAUAGAUAUAUAUAUGCAUGCACACACACACGAUCAAGUACGACUUGUAGGAGUUGUGGAAAAUGUUGCCUAAAUUAGGUAGAUGACUAGUCUUGAAGUUGAAGUUCAGCAGAGUGUGCAGUGUAAAUGUUUUUAAUGGGCAGAAACCACUUCAACGUACUAAAUGACUUUUUGAAUAUUUUGUCCACUAAUGACACUUAAUUGAGGAAUCGCCUGGAAUCGCUGUAGUGUGAAGAAGUGUUAAUGACACACAAUAAACUUGUUAAUUGUUGUUUUCUUGUUCUCUCAUGCUGUCCAUUCUGCCCCAGCAGCACAGAACAGCUCUUGUACUCAGCCCCAUCAUUAGAGCCCAGACUCAUGUAGAACUCAAACUCACUGACCUGGACUGGACAAGACAGGACACUUACAUUAGGGCCUCUCUCUUUGUCUGAGGCUGCUGUCUUCACCAUUAUAGACUCACUGACAGGUAGCCAGAGCCACCACCGUUUUAUUAAUUAGGUACCAAACAGGAGAAAAUGGGCUUAAACCUGAAUUUGCCCCACGUGUGUGCGCGCACGUUUGUUUGUGUGUGUGUGUGUGUUUAUGCAUGUGGAUGAAAUACAUUGUCCUAUAACUUGACUGUUGUGUCCUCCGUAUGUAGGGAGUUUUCUAUUGGUCAUCCCUCAUGUGGACCAUGUCACCAUUGUGUACCUAAUGGUAGAGACACAAGGCCUGCUCCUCAGCUAAGGCGAGUUCUAAAGCACUUUGAAGGCCCAUCGGCACCCCACAAGGAAAAAGUUAAAACCACUCAACAAUUUUUUUUACACAAACCCUAUGUAUGCCAUCUAUUCUGGUGAACAAAGGCAUUGCAGCUGUUGAAUCAAGGUGGGAAGAAUCAUGACAGAUUGUCCUCCCUGCCGACCUUCCUGUGUAGAUGCUGCUGGCCUGCUUUUUGAUCAAUUUCGGGUGUAAAUCAUCAGAUGUGUUUCAAGUUGACGGCGUGUCUCCUGUCCCUGCUCCUCUUUCUUACACUUCCUGUGUUGUGGUGUGUCCUCCAGGUCCAGUCUAUGGUUCAAAACAGCCAACACAAGGAGGGCUUGGAGCUCAACACCCUGCUCUCCUCCCCACAUGUCCAGGUGAGGCCUCCAUCCAUUCCUACUCUGUCUAACCUGUGUCUCAGUCUAACCUGUGUCUCUCUGCACCACUUUAAUGUCUGUCUCUGUGUCUCAGUGUAACUUCUGUGUCUGUCUUAGUCUAACCUGUCUCUCUGCACCACUUUAAUGGCGGUGUAUCUGGGUGCUAGUAUAACCUGUCAGGUGUAAUGUGCAUCUCUGUUUAACCUGUGUCUGUGUGCCAGUGUCCCAGUGUAACGUCUGUCUGUCUCUCUCCCAGUAUAACCUUUAUCAUCCUGACUCUCAGGGCUGGGGUUCUUCAGGUCAGGACUGUGUUGGUUCAGCUGUGAUCAACUAUUGGCUCCAUCUCUUGGCAGAAGCCGUGCCAAAGCCCUGAUCUCGCGCUCUCUUUAACUCUCACAUGGAUGAGUGACCUGAUUUCUCCUACCCCUGAAUUUACACUAUAUGGCCAAGCUGCCGUCCCCUGAGCCCAGUACACAUCUUCUCCCUUUCCCUCUGAUUUAUCUGUCCGGCCCCCACAUCUACAAUGAUGAUGCUGCUCCUCUGAGACACCAGGGCAUGUUCAAUAGGAAGGGAACAUUCUAAACAGAUUGAAAGGGGAGGUGUACUACCUGAAUGUUUUGCUACAGUGUGCCCUGCGGAACACGACCCACACAGUAGGAUGUGAGGAUGGAGGAGGAGAAGAGUGGUGGUUGGGGGGGGGUUCCCCCUGUAUUGUUUUGAGGGUUGCCAUAGAGGUAGACCAAGUGAGGUAACUAACCGGGCCAGAUGGAGGGAGUGGAAAAUGAUUUACCUGCUGUCCCUCAGGGAAACUUUUGGCUGUUAGUCUGUUACUACUUACUGAAUGAAGGCUUCUUUUGUAAUGUUUGUCCUCCUGGAUACUCCUGGAUGUCUUCCUUCCACCAGAACUAGAACAGCAGGAGGCUCUGGAAGUAAUAACUACAGUACUGUUAGACACAGGUCUCUGUGCUUGUGCAGAUGCAUGCAUCUACCUGUCUGUAUUUGUCUAAAAGUGAACCCAGUAAGGCUGAUGAACCCUAUGUCCCCUGUCCCUCCCCAGGCGGUGCUUCUGGCCCAUGACUGUGUUGCGGAGCAGGAGAUGCAGCUGGAGCCCCUGACCCCAGAUGACCACUGUGAAACUCUCACCCAGUGGGGAGGGGAGACCGUCAAGAUAGUCUGCAUCGAGAAAGCCAGGGACAUCCCACUGGUGAGAGAGACCCCUUUUAAAACACGCUAUCAUGAAUCAACAUAGGAGUAGCUAUAGACUCUGUCUGAAAGUGUACAAGCUGUCAAAUCCUUGAUUCCCCCUGUCUUUGUUUCCUCAAUUUCUCACCCCUCUCUCAAAGCUUAUUGGAGAAGAGGCUCCAAGGUCCCUCUCUUCGGAGAUCUCCUCCAAUGAGCUUUGAGAGUGUGGCGAGGACGGGAAGAAUCAAGGAUUUGACAGCUUGUACACAUCUCUCUCUAACAAAGUUUAAACCCUCCUGUGUCUGCACCGUCACUAACCACUGUUCCCCACUGUCUGUAUGUGUGGCAGGGCGCGACGGUGCGUAACGACAUGGACAGCGUGAUAAUAAGCCGCAUCGUGAAGGGCGGGGCGGCGGAGCGCAGCGGGCUGCUCCAUGAAGGAGACGAGGUUCUGGAGAUCAACGGAGUGGAGAUCAGAGGGAAGGACGUCAACGAGGUCUUCGACAUCCUGGCCGACAUGCACGGCAACCUGACCUUUAUCCUCAUCCCCAGCCCACAGACCAAACCCCCGCCCAUCAAGGAGACUGUGGUAAGUACAGAAACACCUUCAUCCCAGACCCCCAGCUCUCCUCUCAGCCCCUGGGCUAGGAAGUCUGUCUGUCUGAAGCAAUCACACUGUUCCAGGUUCCAAUGGCUCAGUGGGUUGCAGAGCAUGGUUCUGACCCAUGGCCAAUGUUGGUUUGAUUCCCACAUGCACCACCACAUACUGAAUAUGUCAUUAUGAACAGUCAAUUGUUUUGGAUUGGAGAAUCUUGAAUUUAAUUAUAGAAUAUACAGUGCGAGUUACUAGAAAACUAAGGUCAUGUCUUGUUUCCUCUAUUCCACCAGGUCCAUGUGAAGGCUCACUUUGACUACGACCCGUCUGAUGACCCAUAUGUGCCGUGCAGGGAGCUGGGCCUGUGCUUCCAGAAGGGAGACAUCCUCCACAUCAUCAGCCAGGAUGACCCCAACUGGUGGCAGGCCUACAGGGACGGAGACGAGGACAACCAGCCCUUGGCCGGGCUAGUACCAGGUACACUACCUCACAAUAGGGCUCAACAACAGUGGGCCAGUUCCAGGUCGUAUUUGCAGAUUAUCAGACCUCACAAUGCCUGGAGAAGUUUUUAACAUCGCUCCCUCUUUGUGAAUGCAGGCAAGAGCUUCCAGCAACAGAGGGAAGCCAUGAAGCAGACCAUAGAAGAGGAUAAAGAGCCUGAGAAGUCGGGAAAGCUGUGGUGUGCUAAGAAGAACAAGAAGAAGAGGAAGAAGCUCCUUUACAAUGCUAAGCAGAAUGACGGUAAGGCAAGCCCAGACCAGCCGUGUGGUAGAGUGCUGUAGCAGAGAUGUAGACAGGCUGGUGUAGAAUGACCCGGCCCGUAUUCGCACAGCAUCUGAGUAAGAGUGCAGUUCUAGGAUGAGUUUGAUAUUUUAGAUCAUAGUGAAUAAGAUUAUAUGGACACGAAAGACCCAAUCCUAGAUCUUACUUUGAAAUGCUUUGUGAAAAUGGGCCCUGAUGGCUAGAGGGGCUGUGUGUUUUUGGUUCUGGAAUGUGCAGACUUUGCUUGUUUAAAUGCUUACGUAUGUGGAAUUGUUAACACUCUUCCUUUAUCAUCACACUAUUGAUUGUUACUCGUGUCUCAUAUCCCAGGGUUACAGAAAGAGACCACUCACUUUAGCCAGCUUUUGCCUAGAGACAAUGUACUGUGAAAGUUAGCAUUAUUACUUUAAUGGGCUGUAGUUGGCAUGACCCCAAGUUAUAGUAGAAUAAUUAACAAUAACAGGGGAGUGAGUGCCUUCAGAAAGUAUUCACACCCGUUGACUUUUUCCACAUUUUGUUGUUACAGCCUGAAUUUAAAAUGGAUUCAAUUUAGAUUUGUUUGUCACUGGCCUACACACAAUACCCCAUAAUGUCAGUGGAAUUAUGUUUUUUGACAAUUUUACAAAUGUAUUAAAAAUGAAAAGCUGAAACGUCUUGAGUCAAUAGGUAUUCAACCCCUUUGUUAUCGCAAGCCUAAAUAAGUUCAGGAUAAAAAAUGUACAAUAAUGUUGUUUAACAUGAUUUUUGAAUGACUACCUCAUCUCUGUACCCCACACAUACCAUUAUCUGUAAAGUCCCUCAGUCGAGCUGUGAAUUUCAACCACAAAGACCAGGGAGGCUUUCCAAUGCCUCGCAAAGAAGGGCACCUAUUGGUAAAUAGGUAUUUUUUAUUUAAAGCAGAUGUUGAAUAUCCCUUUGAGCAUGGUGAAGUUAUUAAUUACACUUUGGAUGGUGUAUCAAUAUAUCCAGUCACUACAAAGAUACAGGCAUCCUUCUUAACUCAGUCGCCGGAGAGGAAGGAAACCGCUCAGGGAUUUCACCAUGAGGCCAAUGGUGACUUUAAAACAGUUACAGAGUUUAAUGGCUGUAAUAGGAGAAAACUGAGGAUGGAUCAACAUUGUAGUUACCCCACAAUACUAACUUAAUUGACUAAGUGAAAAGAAGGAAGCCUGUACACAAUACAAAUAUUCCAAAACAUGCAUCCUGUUUGCAACAAGGCACUAAAGUAAUACUGCAAAUACAAAGUGUUUGGGGCAAAUCCAAUUCAACACAUUACUGAGUGCCAUUCUCCAUAUGUUCAAGCAUAGUGGUGGCUGCAUCAUGUUAUGGGUAAAAAAUCCUAAAGGAAAACCUGGUUCAGUCUGCUGUCCACCAGACACUAGGAGAUUAAUUCACCUUUCAGGAGGACAAUAACCUUAAACACAAGGCCAACUAUACACUGGAGUUGCUUACCAAGAAGACCAUGAAUGUUCCUGAGUGGCCAAGUUAGUUUUGACUUAAAUCAACUUCAAAAUCUAUGGCAAGACCUGAAAAUGGUUGUCUAGCAAUGAUCAACAACCAACUUGUGAAUGAGAUAUUUCUGUAUUUCAUUUUCAAUAAAUUAGCAAACAUUUCUAAAAAUGUAGAUGGGUGAGAACCCCCCCCCCCCCCCCCCCCAAAUGUAAUCAAUUUUGAAUUCAGGCUGUAACACAUCAAAAUAUGGAGUAAGUCAAGGUGUGAAUACUUUCUGAAGGCACUAUGUCGACGUUUCAGUUAAAGGCCUCUCAGUCUCCAAGUCUCUCAUGAUCCAAAGAUAUGCUGUUUGAUAUGAAACUAAAACCGUCUGUGUCUCUGCUCCUCCCCAGACUAUGACAACGAGGAGAUCCUGACCUAUGAGGAGAUGGCGCUCUACCACCAGCCAGCCAAUCGCAAGCGGCCCAUUGCUCUGAUUGGUCCUCCCAACUGUGGGCAGAACGAGCUGAGACAGAGACUGCUGUCCAGCGAGCCAGACAGAUUUGGGGGAGCUGUCCCACGUAAGUGUGUGUGCAUUCCUGUAUGCAUUUUAAAGGGUUAACUUUCCCUUUGAACUGCACACAUCCGGUCUUAGUAUUACUCAAGACAUUUAGAGGGUAUAGAAUUUGGUUACUGAGAAUGUUAUGUCAUUUUUGUUAAUUCCAGACUUUUUCCUUGGUUUUGUGGCCAUUGUCUGUUGUUCCCCCUUCCCCUGUCCUGUUCAUUGUUUUGUUAUUAAAAGCAAUACAAAUGUGGGUUCAUUCCAGACACGACGCGGAACAGGCGUGAUGUGGAGGUGAGUGGAAGGGACUACCACUUUGUCUCCCGCCAGGCCUUUGACAUGGACGCCACCGCGGGGAAGUUCAUCGAGUCGGGAGAGUUUGAGAAGAACCUGUACGGAACCAGCACCGACUCUGUCCGUCAACUCGUCAACACGGGCAAGAUCUGUCUGCUCUGUCUGCACACACAGGUGAGGAGGGGGGGGGAGUAGAGAGAGAGGGGGAUAGGUAGGGAGAGAGGGCAAGGCCUGUCUUCUGUGUCUGCACACCCAGGUGAGGGGAGGAAAGGAGGGAUAGAGAGAGGUGAGAAGAAGGUGAAGCCAGACCAACUGGGAAAAGAAGAGGGAGGAUAAAGGUGUCUGCAUGCUUCCCAGCCGAAACACUUUGGAAGAGUUGUUUGGGCACACAAAACAUUUUCGAGGCAAGCCGGGAAAUCUGUAGCCGAAGUCUACGCCCCUCGUCAGUGAUUGGUCAACAGUAGGGAUUCUUUAAUAUCUUAGAUUAAUUCUGACUAUUUUGAGGAAGUGUGUACUGGCUACGGCAUCUCAAAAUGGGCAAAUGGUACUAUUACUUCUUUUUUUUUCUUUUUUCGGAUCACCCAGUUCGGCUGGGCGCUAGCCGAGCUGAAGCAUGCUGAUGCCUUAAGAGAGCAUAAAAUGUCUGUUGCUGCUGUGUCUGACUGUGAGUCCCCCCCCCUCUCUCUCCCCCUUUUCUCUCUUCUCUUCUUUCUCUCGCUCUAGUCGCUGAAGAUUCUGCGGAACUCUGAUCUGAAGCCAUACAUAAUCUUCAUCGCUCCUCCAUCCCAAGAACGGUUGCGAGCCCUCCUGGCCAAGGAGAGCAAGAACCCAAAGGUACGGCAUCAUUUUAACACAUCACAAUCUGUUUUCUCAGUCCUUUUUUAGCCCCAAAGGUCCUUUUUAGUAAGGUUUAUUUACUAAGCCUUAGUAAAGUUAAUUCACUUGACAUCAAACUAACGUAGUGAAACAUGCUCUGUGUUCCAUCUCUUAUCCCCUACCCUUUCUCCACCUAAGCUUGAGGAGCUGCGUGACAUCAUCGAGAAGGCCCGUGAGAUGGAGCAGAACUUUGGCCACCUGUUUGAUGCAGCCAUCGUGAACACAGACCAGGACAAGGCCUAUCAGGAGCUGCUGAGGCUCAUCAACAAACUGGACACUGAGCCACAGUGGGUCCCCUCCUCCUGGCUACGUUGAAGGAGCAAUAUAACACAGACACAACGCUAACCUGACACACACACAUACAUACAAAUGCACACACACACCGCAACGCUAACUUGACAUAGCACUCACUGGUUCAAUGAAGAGCUACCCUGGAUCAUGGACAAUACAGUUGCCAGGGGGAAGACUAUUAUUAGUUAAAAAUUAGCCUUGACUCCAUUCUUCAACCAGUAUCACAGUGAGACUAGUGGAAGAUUGUAAAUCAACACACAAGCUGAAGAUAAAUAAAACACUUAAAAUGCUUAUCACUACAUAUGAUGCUGAACUGAACUGAGCCAAGCUCUUCUCUUUGCUUCUGAGACUGCCUGGGGAAAUGAAUUAUUGACUUAUUAUUGCUCUGAUUAUUUGUCCUUUUUUCGAUGCUGGAUUUCUCUUCACUAAAUUAACUUUUCACAUUCCAGAGAAGAAGUAUGUAAAGACUUGGCAC